CACACUCACAGCCCACCAUGCCACCCCGAAAAAGAAGUGCGCCUACCGCCGACGCUUCAGAGGAAGCUGUUCCCAAGCGAAGAUCUCUUCGGCAAGCUGCCAAAGGAAAUCCCGAGCCUGAAGCGCCUCCCUCGGCCAAAGCAAGCCCGCCAAAGAAGGCUGCCAAGGUAGCCAAUGCAAAGAAACAAGAGAAGCCCAAAGCACCGGCAAAGCCGUCGAAGACUGAGGAGCCAGAUGCAUCAAAGGUGAAGAAGGCAGACAAGAAAAAGGAGCCUGCUCAGUCCAGCUCUCGUGGUGUCUCCGAAGAUCCAGAUAUCGACUCUAUCCCGACGGUGAACCCUGAUGCCCCGAAACACGAUGGGCAAUGGUACUGGCUUAUGAAAGCUGAGCCCGAGACUCGCAUUGAGAAUGGUGUUGAUGUCAAGUUUUCCAUUGAUGACUUGAAGGCAAAGACAGAGCCUGAGGGCUGGGAUGGCAUUCGAGCAUACGCUGCUCGGAACAACAUGAGAAACAUGAACGCCGGUGAUCUCGCCUUCUUCUACGCCAGCAACUGCAAAGAACCCGGCAUCGUCGGCAUAAUGGAAAUCGUUAAAGAAUUCUCCGAAGACAGAUCCGCUCGUCGACCAGGCGCACCAUACUAUGAUCCCAAAUCCACCAAAGAGAAGCCCAUCUGGGACCUGGUCCACGUCGAGUUCAGAAAGAAGUUUGCUGUGCCGAUUGGUCUGAAGGAACUUCGUGAGCUGGGCAAGCCUGGUGGUCCUCUUGAGUUGAUGCAGUUGCUUAAACAGUCGAGGUUGAGCGUGAGUAAGGUUAGUGGCGAGGAGUGGAGGUUUUUGUGUGAGCUUGCGGAUAGCAAGGCGAAAGAUGCUGGGUUGAAGCAUGAUGAGGAUGAGAAGUGAUGUUGUUGUGCGUGGAUGGUCAGCACCAGCACCACGAGCAGUUUGGAGGAGUGCGGCUUGGAAUGGGAAUGUUUGUGCCGCGAUUACUCCGUAAAUGACGACUAAUUAAUAUAGUGUCAUACUAUAGCCUAAAUCAUAGCAAGUGAC